AUGCCUCGUGAAAUCGUCACCGUGCACGCCGGUCAAUGCGGCAACCAAGUCGGCGCCAAAUUCUGGGAAGUUGUCUCGGACGAACACGGCCUCGACCCAACAGGCCAAUACCGAGGCGACUCGGACCUCCAACUCGAGCGGAUCAGCGUCUACUACAACGAAGGGCAGUCCGGUCGCUACGUGCCCCGCGCGGUGCUCGUCGACCUCGAGCCCGGGACGAUGGACUCUGCGCGCGCCGGGCCGUAUGGGCAGCUGUUCAAGCCGGAUUCGUUCGUGUUUGGACAGAGCGGCGCCGGAAAUAAUUGGGCAAAGGGGUUCUACACCGAGGGCGCGGAGUUGGUCGAGAGUGUGCUGGAUGUGGUUAGGAAGGAGGCCGAGGGCGCGGACUCGUUGCAGGGGUUUCAGGUGUUUCAUUCGUUGGGGGGCGGGACGGGGAGUGGGAUGGGGUCUUUGCUUGUUUCUAAGGUCCUCUCUCUGAGCGGCCAUAUCCUCAUCAUCGGUCUGCAACCUGACAUCGCCAUCGCAUCUCUCUCAUCUUCUUCCCGCCCACAGAUCCGCGAAGAAUUCCCCGACCGCAUGCUCUGCACCUUCUCCGUGAUGCCGUCUCCCAAAGUGUCCGACACCGUCGUCGAGCCCUACAACGCCACGUUAGCGAUGCACCAACUCGUCGAAAACUCCGACCUCUCCUUCUGCAUCGACAACGAAGCCCUGUACGACAUCUGCCUGCGCACGCUCAAGAUCUCCUCCCCGGCCUACUCCGACCUCAACCACCUGAUCUCCCUCGUCGUCGCAGGCAUCACCACCUGUCUCCGCUUCCCCGGGCAGCUCAACGCCGAUCUCCGCAAACUCGCAGUCAACAUGGUCCCCUUCCCCCGGCUGCACUUCUUCACGGUCGGCACCGCCCCGCUGACAGCUAGGGGGAACCUGGCCUACCAGGCCCUCACGGUGCCCGAGCUGACCAACCAGCUGUUUGAUGCAAAGAACAUCAUGGCCGCGUGCGACCCCCGCCACGGGCGCUACCUGACCGUCUCCACCAUCUUCCGGGGGAAGCUGAGCACGAAGGAGGUCGAGCAGCAGAUGUACAACAUGCAGAUGAAGAACAGCGCGUAUUUCGUAGAGUGGAUCCCUAGUAAUAUCAAGACCGCUAUCUGCGACAUCCCCCCCCGCGGCCUCAAAAUGUCCGCGACCUUCAUCGGCAACACGACGGCGAUCCAAGAGCCGUUCAAGCGCAUCCAGGUGCAGUUCUCCGCCAUGUUCAAGCGCAAAGCUUUUCUGCACUGGUACACCGGCGAGGGCAUGGACGAGAUGGAGUUCACAGAGGCAGAGUCCAACAUGGCCGAUCUCAUCUCGGAGUACCAGCAGUAUCAGGAGGCCGCGGUGGAGGAUGAUGGCGCGGGGUACGAGGAGGAGGAGGAGGUUAGGGGACGGGAGGAAAGUAGGGGGGAGGAGGAGGGACAGCAGGAGUAG